CAGACGAUAAUUAAAUAAAUUGGAAUAAACAUUAUUAAAUCAAUAUUUAAUUCAGUAUGCAUAUACUAUACGAGUUACUUUGGUUGCUUGGGUAACAGGCAGUAGUUGUGACAAUCUCAUUGUCACUGUCAGGACAGUAUUUCUUCCGUACUUUUUUUUAUACAUAGUAAUCGUCCGAAUUAAAUUUUUUGAGAAUCAUGGCUAACAGAUCUGUGGUCACAUAUGAAAAACCACUUCCACAUAUCGGUUUAGCCGAUUGGUAUGCUAAACAAUGGGACCUUCAGCAAAAUGCAGAUUUCAGAAGUGCAGAAGCAUUUGCAUUGAGAAAUUCGGGGAAAAUUAUUCAAUCGGAUACAAUGGUAAAGACUAUAUGGGAUACAUAUAUGAACAAUGCUCGUCUUGCCGACAGGGUAACAGAAUUAUCAAGAUGGAGAGAAGUGCUUCAAAAUCUCUUAGACAAAUUGUUGUCGGAGACUCGUCUUCUGAAAGAUGAGAAGGCUGAUGCAGAGAAGGAACUAGAAAUUAUAAAUUAUCCUUUACAAGUAACAGCGCAAUGUAUUUCAAUGAGAGACUGUCGUAGAGGAACAGAGCUUACAUACGAUGAAGCUGAUACAGAAUUGAAAAAGGAACUUUGUGUUAUAGAGAAUGUGAAACAAUCAUUGACUCAGAGAAUCCAAGCUGCAUGGGAGAAACUAAAUCGACUAGAGGAAGUUACAUUUAAAAUGGCAUUAGAAGUCGAGGACAAGGAUGAAACUAUAAAAAUAGAUAAAGAAAACCUAAGUUUGGAUCGUACAUGUGCGAACAUCAGUUAUAAACCAAAUGCGUUAAGAGUUCCAAAAGGUACAAUAUCUUAUGAAACUUGGAUGGAGCACUGUCAACACUCCAAAAUGCUAGCCGACAACGAGUUGAACGACGUGUACAAUUUCCGCGAGUCUAUGAACGUUAUGCGAGAACGCGCACGAAACGAUGUAAAGGCUCAACAGGAUGUAACAGAUUUUAGUUUACGGAAACGAAUAUACCAGACACAGAAAGGUCGUAAUGAACUGGAAUGGCAAAAGCUUAAGAUACAAAAAGAAAUGGAGAUCAUGCAGAAAGAAAUUGUACGACUAGAGGAUGCACUUUUACAUAAGACUGACUCAAUAAAAUGCGCAGAAACAAGAUUAGAGAAUCGCACUUAUCGUCCUGGCUUUGAACUCUGUCGCGACGAAGUAGACGGCGGUUUGAAAGAUGAAGUUCUACAGUUGCGACAGACUGAAAAAGAUUUGAAAAAAGUUAUCCACGACUCCAAAGAAGCGUAUAACAAUCUCGAAAGUUUACUUCUAAAAAUUGAAAGCAAUCUGGAUGACAAAGAACACUCGUUAUCAACGGAUGUGAUGUGUUUAGACAUGAGAGCCACAUUGAAAACCGGGGAUAGAACACGAUUACCUAACGAAACGGACCGUAAUAUUGUUCUCACGCGGAUGGAAAAGGAAAUACCGCUUGAAUCUGUAUAAUGUUUAUGUACGCACACUGGUCAGAGUUCUGCUUGAACGUACAAAAUGUUUUCGUUCAUUGUGUCACUCACUGAUAUAUUUGCCCUACACGUUUCACGGUAUUUUGUCGAUACUUACGUAUCUAUGUUUAAAGAAUCUGGAUCGGCUUUCAUCAAACUGUAUUCUGAAAUAAAAGAAUCCGUUAAUCCCGGUU